AUGAGUCAACCCAAAAUUAAGCGGAGAAUUGGAAAGUACGAGGUGGGGAGGACAAUAGGCGAGGGAACAUACGCUAAAGUUAAAUUUGCUAGAAAUUCUGAGAAUGGACAACAUGUGGCUAUCAAGAUCCUUGACAAGGAUACUAUCCUUAAGCACAAAAUGGCUGAGCAGCUUAAGCGGGAGAUAGAAACAAUGAAAUUGAUCAAACAUCCCAAUGUUGUGCGCAUAUACGAGGUGAUGGGGAGCAAGACAAAGAUAUAUAUAGUUCUGGAGUUUGUUACUGGGGGAGAGCUAUUUGACAAAAUUGUGAAUCAUGGACGGAUGCGAGAAGAUGAAGCCAGAAGAUACUUUCAGCAACUCAUUGAUGCAGUUGAUUAUUGCCACAGUAGGGGGGUCUUCCACAGGGAUCUCAAGCCGGAAAACUUGUUGCUGGAUUCUGCUGGAAAUCUGAAAGUUUCUGAUUUUGGAUUAAGUGCCUUGUCACAGCAAGUCAGUGAUGAUGGUUUAUUGCACACCACCUGUGGAACUCCAAAUUAUGUUGCUCCUGAGGUCCUGAAUGAUCGAGGCUACAAUGGAGCAACUGCAGACCUGUGGUCGUGUGGGGUUAUACUUUUCGUGUUGCUUGCAGGUUACUUGCCUUUUGAUGAUUCUAAUCUUAUGAACCUAUAUAAAAAAAUAUCUUCUGCUGAAUUUACCUGUCCUCCAUGGAUUUCCUUUGGUUCCAUGAAAUUGAUCGCGCGUAUCCUGGAUCCAAAUCCCGAGAACCGCAUCACAAUCCCGGAUAUUCGAGAGGACGGGUGGUUUAAGAAGGACUAUAGACCACCGGUGUUUGACGAGACAGAAGAUGCCAAUCUGGAUGAUGUGGAAGCCGUAUUCAAGGAUUAUGAGGAAUAUCACGUGACAGAGAAAAAGGAGGAGCAGCCUGCUGCCAUGAAUGCCUUUGAGUUGAUUUCAAUGUCAAAAGGUCUCAAUCUCGGGAACCUUUUUGAUGUGGAACAGGGAUUCAAGAGGGAGACAAGGUUCACAUCUAAAUCCCCAGCCAGCGAGAUAAUCAGCAAAAUCGAAGAAGCUGCUAAACCUCUCGGUUUUGAUGUUCACAAGAAGAAUUACAAGAUGAGGCUCCAAAAUUCAAAAGCAGGAAGAAAAGGCAACCUUAAUGUCGCCACUGAGGUUUUUCAAGUGGCCCCUUCUCUGCAUAUGGUUGAGGUUAGGAAGGCAAAGGGAGAUACUCUAGAGUUUCAUAAGUUCUAUAAAAACUUGUCGACUUCCCUGGAGGAUGUAGUUUGGAAAACCGAGGAUUGA